AUGAUGCUGCUUCCAGUAGUGGGCGCCGGGGUUGACGAGCAAAAUCAGCCUCUUCAAGGUGACGAUGAGCGCCCAUUAACUCGUUAUGAAAAACUUUCCAAGUAUUCAAAUAUUUGGAAAACUUUAUUAACUAUAGGCUUUUUAGUUAUUGUGCAUACAUUUACCGGCAUUGCUCUCGUAAUAACUAACGCGAAAAGGCCAGCGGUUGAACUUUUGCCCGAUGCGAUUCAAUCAGCCAUCCCAUAUGUCAAGUUGGAAAUAUAUAUCAACAUUCUAAUGGUAUUAAUGAUUGUUUCUGAGGUCAUCUUCAUCAUUUUCAACAAGAAAAGAUGGUAUAUUAUCAGAAGAACCGUGGCAGUUUAUGCAAUCUUAUCUUUAAUACGUGUUUUUACAAUGACUGUAACGUUUUUACCAGAUCCUUCACCAAAGUGUCCUAGAGAACAUGAUCCAAAUUAUAAAAUAACGUUCAAGAAUAUUAUUACUCAACUUUUCGGUGGUUUGACAUGCGGCGAUAUGAUAUUCUCUGGACAUACAAUGGGAUUCAUCUUCCCUGGCUUAAUUCAUCAUCAUUUCAUUGGCAAAAUUAUCGGAUGGAUAUAUCUUUUUGUUGGAGUAAUUGGAGCAUUUGGCCUUAUAGUUUCUAGGUUCCAUUAUACAGUUGACGUAUUACUUUCAUUGGUUUUGUCACCAUUACUGUAUUUCGCCUACAAUUUAUGCUGCGAAAACCCAACUCUUGCUAAUAAGUUACCAUGCCUAUUAAGCAAAUACUUCAUGUUUAUGGAAUGGUCCGAAAUGGCUAAAGAGGAAGAUAACCGUGAAAAAUUAUAA